AUAAAAUUUCCCUUUUAGAUUUAAGAGUUAAAAUAUGGAGGCCAAACAAUAUGUAAAUGGAGCAAUGCUUUCAAGCAAUAUUGGUAGGUCAGUUUGUGCCAUAGGUAAAGUAACUUCAAUGAAUCCAAAUGGUAUGGGUUUUCAAAUAAUGCUUGCAGAUGGAAAAAUUGUUAAGGUUCAAUUAGAAGAACAACUUGAUGAACCUUUAGAAGGCUAUGUUCAACUAAUUGCUCGUGUAAAUCGAGAUACUAGCCUAACAGCCCAAAAUUUAGUAAGUUUUGGUUCAGGUGAAAUCGACUUGGAGAUUUUUAACAAAACAUUAAAUACAAUGACAACAUAUCCUGAGUUUUUUUCAAAUGUUCCUGGAGUUGCAUAGAGUAUUGUUGUUAUUAUAAAAUUUAUAUAUAGAUAUAGAUAUUAUAGUAAGCUGUUUUUUUUAUUCCAAUAAUACUAUAUUUGUUAUGAA